AUGUUCCAGUUGAAGAGCGUACUGCUGGGCGCCGCGCUAGUUCGCGGUGUCAUGUCUGCCACGGCGCUCACAGGCGCCCCUUUGGACCUGUUUCAGGAGUCCAUGUCCUUUCUAGACGACAUUUAUGAUCCCGCUGCAGGAUACAUGUAUGAUUUCUCAAGUGGGGGCGCGCUCACACACACAACUCGUUCCUCUCCCUGGUAUGCCGCUGGGCUGCUCCAGAGAAACCGGGGGGACGAUAGAGAGCAGGCCAUAAAGAUUCUCAAAAAUGUCAUUGGCGAUCAAUAUAAGGAUCCAUCUAGUCAAUGGUAUGGCGACUACACCAAGUUCCCAGAGACGCCAACCGUUGGGACGUCUCAGAACCCUCAAGUUAUAUAUGGGUCUUGGGACCCAAACUGGCGGUCUUUCGUUGGCGUGACUUUGAUUGUCAUCUACGAGGAGUUUGGUGAUCUGCUAACGCAGGACAUGAAAGCCCUAAUCCUGGAAAGCAUGUACAACAGCACAGUUGGCGACAGUUAUCGGGUCGGUGGCGUCGACAACGAUAACCUAUACCCUUGCUACAGUAACCCCUGGCUCAUGCGAACACUGGCCACGGCUUGGACUGGCCGUAUGUGGAACAACACCAACAUGACGGAGUCGGCCGAGACGGAUGCGAAACUGGCACUCGAACUAUUCAACCUCAACAACACCCUAUCGGAAUUUAAUAGCCCAACCUACGCGAGCACUUCCCUAACCGCUGUUGCACUCUGGUCCAAAUACCUGCCCGAAGAUUCGCUGCUGGCCCAAAAUGGCGCCCGAAUGGUCAAGGAGAUCUGGAACACGGUUGGCGAGAUGUACCACCCAGGCUUGAAGAAUAUUGCUGGCCCAUUUGAUCGUGCUUAUGGCUUUGAUAUGAACAAGUACGUGUCCCUGAUUGGCUUGAAUAUUUGGGCCUUGAUCGGGAAGAAGGAUGCUCCGAUGUAUAAAUUGCCAUGGGUGAUGUCCCAUAAUAACGACUAUAAUACGGCACCUCUGAUUGCGAUUGUGGCCCCAUACAUGAACUCACUCGUCUCUAACGAGACUAUUGCCAAGCUCAAGAGCUUUGCUGGCGAGCACACCUACAGAACCUCCGCGUACUCUCCGCCAGUUGAUCUUACGCCGCGAAAUAUCACAGCGUGGCUAGGACCGGCGAUGUCCAUAGGCGCGCAGUCGUUCGAUCAGACACAGGUCGGCGGCUUUGCGAAUUCGACGAGCCAAUGGAACCCGGCCGCCAUCCAGUGGAAAUUCGCUGACAGCAGUCUGGGCUACAUGCAUCUAGUUGGAACGGAGAAAGCGCUUCAUGCGGACGUCCAACCCGGAUUUCUGAAUCUUACGUAUCCUAAGGGCACGUCUAAAAGUAAAUUUCAGUUCCGCCUCAGCCAGAAUCCUCUGGGCGGAAAGCGAGACAUUUGGAGUUUGGCGGACAUCGAGAAUAUUGACAUGACAGUCAGUGGUACAGUCAAUACUACUGCGUCUUUUGGCUACUGCGGUCAAUAUGGGGGCGUUUGUGACGAUGUAAAUAACUUCGCUGUCUUUCUCGUAACAUAUCUCAUGCCGGAAGGAAGUACCGAAACUCCAAAUAUCCAAAUCAAGCUCUCAUAUAAAUAA